AUGGCCUUUGAGCUGUCCCAGCGGCUGCUUAGUGAUUCAGUUUGUGUUUUCCUGAACCGCGUGGAGCAGCUUGGGAGGUGCAGCAAUUUGGAGGUGGUGCAAACACAUCCUUUUCCCGUGCUUCGCUUCUCCUUUUUGAGAGUGACGUGGAUGCGUGCAAUGUCACUGCCUGGCAAGAUGAAGCUGCGUGUUAGCGAUUUGUCCGGGUCAGGCUUCUCUGCUGGGGAGGCACUACCUGCUGGUUUUGCCGAUAUGAACUCCGUUCAGAAGUUCGCCAUUUGUGCAGCAGCAGCCUCCGCCAGCAAGGAGCUCUUGGAGCAGUCUAUGACAUCGGAGAUUGUGGCAGAGACAACGGCUUCACAAUACAUGGUGGUGCUGCCGCCGCCGGAGACAGUCACCGUUGGUUCGAUGUUUUUGGUCCGUUUGAAAGUCACUACAGCCAGUGGCGGUCCAGUCAGGGAUGUGCGGGUUCGAGUGGGCAUCAAGUCCCUUACAACCACGGCACCCGGCAGGACAUCACCAGGACUGCUGCAAUCCUUGGCAGUGCAGGGGAAUUCACUUGGUGUUGUGUCCACUGGGAACAUCAAACUAGAUCCCUUGACGACGGUAAGAAGCAGUGAUGGUUCUGGCAUCAUUGGGUUCCCUUUGACAGUGCUUAAAGCUGGCAGCGGCACAUAUCAACUACAAUUUCAGCCUGAUGUUCCAGACGGCAAGAUUGUUUUGACAACAAGUGCAUUCAAAGUCGAGAAUCCCAUCACUGCCAUCUCUUCCAGCUCACGCAUUUCAGAGAUGAAGAUCCCAAAAUUUGGGACGUCGGUGCCUGUACCAGUGGCUCCACAGUUCUGCAUCGAGACGGCUACCAACGAGUCCCUGCAGCAGAUGGACAAGGACGGCAUUAGGAUCUCUAUUGUUUUGCGCCUCAAAGCAGCUCCAGAGGAAAGGGAAUCGGCGGCAAUGAGUCUUGUCGCGCAGGCCAAGAGGGAUGCAAAUGAACAGGCUCAGAGAAUUGCAAAUGACAUGGCGACACGCCUUGCACAGACCCCCAAUACGGCGAUGAGAAGGGCUGUCGACACAAUGGUUGCCAGAGCUAAUAGCAAAGCCAAGGGAAUGUUUGCUGGCAUGUCGGAAGAGUUUGCGGAAGCCUGCUUCGCCACACCGGCAAAGCUGCUUCAAACAGGGGACCCCGCCGUCAUGGUGAAUUUUGGAAAUGCAACAGCAGUGGAUUUUGUGGGCGAACAAGCACCCAGCUUGGCAGAAGCUCUGGGAAUGGAUCCAACUGCCUUGGACCCCACACAAUCACUCAACCAGUUCACUGAAGUUUUGAUGUCUGCCGGGGCAGCUCUCACACCAGCACGUGAAAUGGCUGUAGAGGGCAGUUGGGAGCUGACUUUGAAUGACUUGGACUUCAAAGGAGGUUGCACCUAUGAACCUAAUCAAAGCUUGGUGUUUCCUUUCAAGGAGGGCAUGGAUUACAGCUUUUCUCUCUCUGUCAAUGGAGUGGAGGGCCCUUCGGAGCCUUUCAAAGUGCUAUUGAUCCCAGCGGAUCCAGUUGAUUUGGCAUUUAAUUGGUUUUUAUCUGCUGUGGCCGCCAUUGUGGGAGUGGUUCUUCUAACUACCAAUGUGACGCUUCAUCACUGGGCUUGGUUUGUUAUCGCAAUGCUUUGCACUUUGGGCAUGUGCAUCGGAUUGCCCUGGAUGACUUUGCACAAGGAUGCUAUGUACGGGUCAUGGCUCUACAUAGCAAUCGCAAACUUUGCCCUGAUCGCUGUUGCAUUGGUUUGGGGCUUGACCGCCCAGCUGAGCCCAAAGAUCAAGACGUUUGAAGACAAGCGUGCUGACAUUUUUGAAGAGUACACUCAUCGACAGUUCAAAACGCUUAUUGGCUUUAAUGAAGGCAAGCGAGAUCCACGAAGGUCGGCCCUCAGAGAUACAUUCUUGAAGCCCUUCAACUCACAGGAUGCGUUCUUCUUCCCGUCAGCGUUCUUGAUUGCCAGCUUCUUGUCGUUUUUGAGCUUCAUCUAUGUGCUGAUGCAGUCCAUCCAAGUUCUGAACAACACCGAAAAGCUCUUGCAACAGAUCCUGAACACGGCCGUGGAUCGAUCCGUGCUUUUUGUCAGCAGCAUCAACAACGCCUAUUUCCAAGCUUUAGGAGCUGAUUUGCCCGACAGUUCUUCCGACUUCAUGUACGUUCAGAUCCAGGUCAUGAAGGAUUGGUUCCAGAAGCUGAUCACUUCCAUCGUCAUAGGCUUCACGACUGGCAUUGUUGUGGCUGCUAUUCUGACGGUGGCAGGGCUUUUGGGUGGGUUUGUGCACUUCCGGCAAUCUGUAAUGGACGCGAGACGUGGAAAGUUCAACUUCAAAAAGUCAGAUGCCAAACUAGUUUUUGCCACCGCCUUCAUCGGCAUCAACAUUUCUUCAUCCAUCGUCUCAUUUAUUCUGAUUGUGGGUUUGGUGACAUUGGUGACGUUGCCUUUCACCUUCGAACUUACUUGGCGCGUGAUUUGGUCAUAUGCGGGGACGAUUCUAUUGACCUUCGUUUUGCCGGCAGUCAUCAAAUUUCUUAGCACCAAGAUCUUGAAGGGCUGCAUCUUUGGACCCACCUUCAUCAAGACGCGCGCAGGAGCCUCAAUCUUUCACUUCUACACAACCUUCCUUGCUCUCCCAGGAGGUGUAGUCACUGCCAUCGUCAGAUUUGUCAUGGGCUUGCUGAGCGUCCUGGUGAUGCUGCCUAUCACCUAUGGGGCCAACACGCCAAAUAUGGUCAACAGUGUCAUGCUUCUGGAUUCGUUACUCGCCUCAGAUUUUUUCCAAAAAGUCGGGCUCUAUGCAACCCACAACAACCCGAUCAUGAUUACAGCCGCUCGCCGGCUUCUUGCGAUCAAAGAAGCACGUGAGAAGCACCGGGAGGAGAAGAAGCACUGGACAUCCAGCCGCAGCUUGUUGAUUCUAAUCUUGAUCCGAAACUUGGCCCGCAUACACUGGAAUGUACUGGACAUAUGUCAGCUUACAAAGUUUUGGACACGCUUCUUGUACAGGACUCUUGGAUAG